AUGCGGGAGAUAGUACAUCUUCAGGCAGGCCAAUGUGGCAAUCAGAUUGGAGCAAAGUUUUGGGAGGUGAUCUCGGACGAGCAUGGGAUCGAUCCCACUGGCACGUAUCACGGUGACUCAGAUCUGCAGUUGGAGCGAAUAAAUGUUUACUACAACGAGGCGACAGGCGGUAAAUACGUGCCACGUGCGAUUUUGGUCGAUUUGGAACCUGGGACAAUGGAUGCGGUUCGUUCGGGGCCGUUCGGUCAAAUAUUCCGACCAGACAACUUUGUGUUCGGGCAAAGCGGAGCAGGUAACAACUGGGCCAAGGGACAUUACACCGAGGGCGCCGAACUCGUCGACUCCGUCUUGGACGUCGUUCGCAAGGAGGCCGAGAGCUGCGACUGCCUCCAGGGAUUCCAGCUCACACACUCGCUGGGUGGUGGCACUGGUGCCGGCAUGGGUACUUUGCUCAUCUCCAAAAUACGCGAAGAAUAUCCUGAUAGAAUCAUGAUGACUUUCAGCGUGGUACCUUCGCCAAAGGUAUCGGACACCGUAGUCGAGCCCUACAACUGCACUCUCUCGGUACAUCAGCUGGUGGAGAAUACAGAUGAGUCCUAUUGCAUAGACAAUGAGGCGCUUUAUGAUAUCUGCUUCCGGACUCUCAAGCUGACCACGCCAACCUAUGGUGAUCUCAAUCAUCUCGUCAGCGCGACCCUGAGCGGCGUUACCACUUGCCUGAGAUUUCCCGGCCAGCUUAACGCAGACCUAAGGAAACUCGCCGUCAACAUGGUCCCCUUCCCGCGUCUGCAUUUCUUCAUCCCCGGCUUUGCCCCUCUAACUUCUAGAGGUUCGCAACAGUAUCGAGCACUCACGGUACCCGAACUCACUCAACAAAUGUUUGACGCGAAAAACAUGAUGGCCGCGUGCGACCCGCGACACGGUAGAUAUUUGACAGUGGCCGCAGUAUUUCGUGGCAGAAUGUCGAUGAAGGAGGUAGAUGAGCAGAUGCUCAAUAUCCAGAACAAGAACAGCAGCUAUUUCGUCGAGUGGAUACCGAGCAACGUGAAAACUGCCGUUUGUGAUAUACCCCCACGGGGUCUGAAAAUGUCCGCGACUUUCAUUGGCAAUUCUACGGCUAUUCAGGAGCUAUUCAAGAGGGUAUCGGAACAAUUCACCGCGAUGUUUCGACGCAAGGCAUUUCUGCAUUGGUAUACUGGCGAGGGUAUGGACGACAUGGAGUUUACCGAGGCUGAGAGUAACAUGAAUGAUCUCGUGUCCGAGUAUCAACAAUACCAGGAGGCAACUGCCGACGAGGAGGGAGAGUUUGAUGAGGAGGAAGAGGGCGAGGGUGAGGAGAAGUGA